AUGAACGUAAUUGACAGAGGAAUCCGAUUGGGCUUCGACGACCACCAGGGUGACUACAACCAUGCCACUGAUUCCGAGUAUAAGCGUUUAAGAGCCCAAGCUGAUGAACUUUACCAAAAAAGAAACAAGUUGAGCCAGCAGUCUCAACAAGCCUACAAAGCUGGAGAUGGAAGUAAGGCCCACGAGCUCUCUGAGCAGUCACACCGGGCAUUGGAAGAGGCCGAAAAGUGCAACAGGAAAGCCGCAGAGUAUGUUUUUCGUGAAAACAACGAAGACAGUGCCGAGGAUGAAAUCGACCUUCAUGGUUUAUACGUCAAAGAAGCCGAGUUGUUUUUGCAGACACGUAUAGCCGCUGCUAUUCGGACCAACCAGUCCCAUUUGCGAGUUAUUGUAGGAAAGGGAAAACAUUCUGCAAACGGAAUUGCAAAAAUCAAACCGGCAGUUGCACAAAUGUGCGAUGAGUGCAGGUUAAACCAUAGAAUGGACCCUCAUAAUGCUGGUGUAAUGAUAAUUGACUUGUCCAACACCCAGAGUCUGCAAAUCCCCAACAACUGGGGUGGACUUAGUCAGCCCACAGCUACUUAUCAUGGUACUUCGCAGCCUCAUUACCAGCAACAAUCACAGCACCAUUCCCAACAAUAUAACCAACACAAUAACUUUGGAAAGAUCAAGACCGGCAACCAGCUUGCGGACAUAUUGAUCAAGAUGUUUUGUAUGUGUAUUAAUAAGAAGUAG